GUGAUUCAUUCAUAAGUAAAAGUAUGGUUUGUUUUCGACGACCAGAAAAAACGAUAAUUUAUUUUUAUGAAUUAAUGAUAUAGCGAACGCAUUUAGUAACAGAUAAAUUCUACUAACCGUCAUUAUAAUAACGCUAAUUCAACAUGAAGUUACUCCACAAAGAUAUUGAAAAGGAUAAUGCCGGUCAAGUGACCCUGAUGCCAGAGGAGGCGGAGGACAUGUGGCACACCUAUAACCUCCUGCAGGUGGGAGACAGCCUGAGGGCAUCGACAAUCAGGAAGGUGCAGACAGAGUCAUCCACGGGCAGCGUUGGCAGCUCCCGGGUUCGCACCACACUGACGGUGUGUGUGGAGACCAUCGACUUCGACUCCCAGGCCUGCCAGCUGAGGGUGAAAGGAACAAACAUUCAGGAGAAUCAGUAUGUCAAGAUGGGGGCCUAUCACACCAUUGAGCUGGAGCUCAACCGGAAAUUCACUCUCGCCAAGAAAGUCUGGGACAGUGUUGUACUUGACAGGAUAGAGCAGGCCUGUGACCCAGCUCAGAAAGCAGAUGUGGCAGCAGUGGUAAUGCAAGAGGGCCUGGCCAACGUGGUGCUGGUCACCCCCGCCAUGACUCUGCUCAGGGCCAAGGUCGAGGUCACCAUUCCCCGCAAGAGGAAAGGCAGCUGCACCCAGCAUGACAAGGCACUGGAAAGGUUCUAUGAGGCUGUGAUGCAGGCAAUACUCAGACAUGUUAACUUUGAUGUGGUGAAAUGUGUACUGGUGGCAAGUCCAGGUUUCGUGAAGGAUCAGUUUAUCAGUUACCUGUUCCGGGAGGCAGUUCGGCAGGACUGCAAGAUUCUGCUGGAGAACAGGCCCAAAUUCAUGCUGGUGCACUCUUCCUCUGGACACAAGUAUUCUCUGAAAGAAAUUCUAUCUGACCCAACUGUCACAAGUAGAUUGUCUGACACCAAGGCAGCAGGAGAAGUUAAAGCUCUGGAGGAUUUCUACAAGAUGCUACAACAUGAGCCAGACAGAGCAUUUUAUGGACUGGCUCAUGUGGAGAAGGCCAAUGAGGCCAUGGCUAUCGACAUCUUGUUGAUUAGUGAUGAGCUUUUCAGGCACCAAGAUGUGGCGACUCGAAGUCGGUAUGUGCGACUGGUUGACAGUGUGAGAGACAACGGCGGGACAGUCAGGGUAUUUUCAAGCCUUCAUGUAUCUGGGGAGCAGCUGAAUCAGCUCAGCGGAGUGGCAGCCAUCCUGCGCUUCCCAAUCGCUGACCUGUCUGAGGCCGAGGAUGACAGCAGCUCCGAUGAGGACUGAGUGGCUGCUAAACCCGCGUGUGUCAGCCGCGUCACCUGCACUCGACACAGAGAAGUGCGACACACAGAGAAAGCGAUGUCACUCAUUUAAGCGUACAGGAAGGUGAGAAGGUGGAGAAUAAGGGACGGACACUGAUUAACAAAGCAACCUGGAAACACACAUAACACUCAAACUAAGAUGGAUGUGGCCUUGGAGAUGGGAGGGAUCAGCACAGUGGUACAUAGUGUGCAGUGCUGGGGUGUGGGUGUGUGAGCAGGACCAGCUGAGAGACCUCCACUGCAUAGCAUGUUUAAUUCGCUGGGUGCAGGGCUGCUUCAUUAAAGCCACAAAAACAGUGCUUGGGGUUGCAGGUUCAUUGUCUGGGUAGUCAGCAGCAGCUCCACCUUGUAACAAAAACCUGGUGUGCAGUGAGACUGGCUGGUUUCUGUUUCUUAGUGCCAACUUUAUACCAAACAUGCGCAAGAAUUUCUGAAUGAUAAUGGUUUAACCAAAAUAACCUAUGCCA